UAUCCUCUACCCAUAAUUAUCUUUAGCGCAGGGAAAAGGGAAAGUAAGAGAUAGAGAGAGAAAAAAAAGAUUUUUCAUUAAUAGAAUAUUGUUAAAAGUCCUUAAAGUGGGGAGAGAGAAUGACAGGAAAAUAAUAUUUAUCGGAAUAUGUACCAUCUUAAAACUUGAAUUUCAAAAGAUUCCAUCACAUUUGGAAGAGGGGCUUCCAGAGGCUUUCCUUGUAUAUAAUCAUUGUCCAUUUACUUCCUUCAUUCGUGUUUCUUUGUUCGUUUAUACCCUUGGAAUAAGAAGCACUUGAGUUUGGGAUAAUCUUUUCUGGGUUUUGAAGAUAAGACUCAAAAGAGAUCUCCGAGAGCCAAUCCCUACCAGUUUUCUCUUUUCAGCAAAGGGGAAAGGAUGUUGGAAGGUAAAGCUUUGGUACAGGAUACAGAUAUGCCUGGCAAGAUGCAGAUCCAAGCCAUGGACGCUGCUUCUAAAGCUCUGGAUCUCUAUGAUGUUUUUGACUGCAAAUCCAUUGCUGCCCACAUAAAAAAGGACUUCGACAACAAAUAUGGAAGCGGAUGGCAAUGUGUGGUUGGUUCAAAUUUUGGUUGUUUCUUCACCCACUCCAAGGGGUCUUUCAUCUACUUCAAACUGGAGACCCUCAACUUUCUCAUCUUCAAAGGGGUGACUUCUUCGGCCCCAUGAUUUUUAGUUGUGUUUUCUCUUAAUUUGAAUCUCUAGAGAGUUUGAGAAGCAGAAACAAUCGCUUUCCUUUCCUGUGGCUACGUCAAUUCGAUUGAAAGGGUAAGGUCGAAUUGAAGAAGCGUAAGGGAGAUGGUAGGAAACGUACAAAUUGACAUUGUGGAGUUGUUUGGAUGUUUAUGUUCAAAAAGCUUUUAAUGCUUUUGUGGGUAUACUAUGUAAAUAUUGAAAUCAGGGGAGACGGUUCUUAAUCCUUUUCACGUA